CCCCAAGAUUAAGAAGACAAAAAAGUUCCUUUCUUUUUUAAUUGAAGGAAGAAAAGAUUACUUCUGCGAAAUUCCCAAGAUUUCUUGAGAGAGAUGGGGUGUGUGGCUUCCAAGGUAAAGCAGGAGGAGGAAGGAGAAGGAGUGGUGUCCAUAUGCAGAGAAAGAAAGAAGCAACUGAAGCUUACUGUGGAGAGAAGGUAUAGCCUUGCAGAUACACACCAUAGAUACUGUCAAGCCCUGAAUGGAGUCUCCGCAGCCAUCAAGCUCUUUGUGGCUCGCCAUUUUUCACCUUCUUCCCCAUAUCUCAUCACCUUCCCACCCCCUCCGGGGGAUUCAACUUCAUCUUCAACCCCACUUUUUCUUCAGCAAAAACCCUCUCAACAGACAACUACCACUCCCACCCCCAAAGAAACCCCUUGCUGUGUUGAUUCUUCCGGGGAAGAAGAAGAAGAGGGGGAGGAGGAGAGAGAGGAGAUACGCCACGUGGAGAAGAAGGAAGAAAGGGCGGCGUCUGUGUGUGAGUAUUUUUACAUGGAAAUGCCUCGAGAGGAGGAGAUCUCAGAGGAGGAUUUGAAGGCGGUGAGGGAGAGAGAAGGGAUUCCGGAGCUGGAGAAAGAAGAGGAGUGUGGUGGAAUGAUGGAAGAGGGGAGAGCAGAAAACGAAGAGGAGGUGGAGUUGAAGAAGAUGGAGAAUGGGGGAGAGGAGGUAAAGGGAGGGGAGAGCAGAAAAGUAGUAGCAGAUAUGGGGGGAAAGGAGGAGCUUCAUAGUGAGGGGAUGACAGAAGCAUUGGCUGAAAUGGAGAGAGGAUUGGAGGAGGAGGAGGAGGAGGGAGGGAGAGAGUUGCUUGAAGCAUUGAAGGAUAUUGAGGAUCAUUUCUCAAAAGCUUAUGAUUCUGGCAAGGAAGUCUCCAGGAUGUUGGAGUCCAAUUGGGUUUACACCCAACCAAAUUUGGAGGAUUUGAGAGGACACAUCACAACAAAACUGAUAACUCUCACAUGGAAGCCCACCCCCUCGGCUCAUUCUUCAUUGUCGUCGUCUUCUAAGAGUAGUCUUGUGGCGUCUACUUCAAGAAGCUCUUCAACAUGGAUGUCAGACUUCUCAAAUGACCUCUUGGGUGAUUUUGGGGAAUCCGGAAGCCAUUCACUGACACUCGGAAGGCUCUAUGCUUGGGAGAAGAAGCUAUACGAAGAGGUCAAGGAUGGGGAUAGCACUUGGAAAUUGUAUGAGAAAAGAUGCAAGAAACUCAAAAGAACCCAAGAUGCCACCAGAAUAGAUGCCGAAGAAGGAAAGAAAAGAGCAGCAACAUUAAAAGAAUUGCACAGCAGGAUCAUAGUAGCGAUUCGGAGUGCAGAAACAAUUUCAAAAAGAAUUGAACAGCUCAGAGAUGAGGAGCUACAGCCUCAAGUCAUUCAACUUCUUCAAGGCAUGAUGAGAGGUUGGAAAAUGAUGUUGGAAUCCCAUGAGCUUCAGAACAAAAUCAUGUCCCAAGUGUCAACUUUUAACUGCCCUGCCUAUGGGAAAUUCUGCAACGAUUCUCAUCGGCUUGCAACCCUCCAGCUUGAGGUUGAGCUUCAGAAUUGGCGUUCAUGCUUCACUGCAUACAUUGCAGCCCAGAAAGCAUAUGUUCAAUCUCUCCAUGCUUGGCUGUCUAAGUUUGUUGUCGUCGACUUCUAUUCCAAUGCCGGGCCCCCACUUCUCAAUGUUUGCCGUGAUUGGUUGUCUGCCAUGAACAAUUUGCCUGAAAAAUCAGUUUCUUGUGCGUUAAAAUCUUGUGCAAAAGAUAUAAGGGCUCUGUGGGUCCAACAGGGAGUGGAACAGCAACACAAGCGAAAGGUCGACAGCCUGUCAAAGGAACUGGAGAGGAAGACAUUGGCAUUCCAGAGGGCUGAGGAGAGAGUUUUUGAAUUUAAGAAGUUUGCUGAUAGCAGAAAUGCAGAAUUGGAGAUGGAGCAUAGGGCGGAGGUUUUGAGGGAGCAGAAAGAUUUGUUGGAUGAUUUCAGUAGGAGGGUUGGUUUGGAAAGGGAAGAACACCGGAAAAGCAUGCAAGAAACACAGAGAAUCACAUUGAGAGGGUUUCAGUCUGGGUUUGGCAGUGUGUUCGAGUCCAUGGCUGAGUUUUCCAGAGCAGCUUUAAAAAUGUACAAUGAAGUUUUAAGUGCUUGGGAAAAUUCUCAAAAAAAUUCUCAAGUUGAUGAAUAUGUUAAAAGAUGACACUUUUAUGGUGGUGUUGAGGUUUAGGAGUUGUGUACAUCACUUAAUUUAUGUCCUUUUCUUUCUUCCCUUUUUUUGUGAGGAUUGAAUGAUCUGUUUUUUGAUCAACAUUAGCAACAAAAAGAAGGUUUUUGA